AUGCGUACUCAUAGAGUAGAUUCUUAUCUGCUCACAGAGAAUAUAAGGUUAGAGAUUGUUCAUGAAUCAAAUCCAUAUUUUGCUGGUGAAAACAUAUCACUGGUGAUAAGAAUUAAGCACUUAGGGUCAUAUCAAGAACUGGUUUCACUGAAAGACAGCCUCAAAGAAUUACAUGAAGAAAUUGAAGCACAAGGUGCUUAUGUAGAGUCACAGGAUAAUGAUAAUACCAAUGUACAAGAAGAUGGGAGACAGCCAUGGUCGAUGAAAUCUCUAUUGAAUGCAAUGAAGGGAAUGUCAGAAGAAGAUGUUAAACCUAAUAAUGCGCAUAUAGAUUUAGAAAGGCAGAAGAGACAACGGGAACAAUUGGUAAAACAGAUAAAAUAUCAUAAACCUGUGGAACUGAUGUCAGGAUACGUUCAGAUAUUUGGUAUGUUUCAGUUUGAUCCAGAAGUCAUUAAUGAAACGAAAUUGGAUAAAACUAGCGUUAAAGUGGUUGGAUUGGAUACUCCACUAAGCCAUGUGACUAAGAAGAUGUCAGGAACUGCAGUAGAGGAGAACGAUUCGAAUCAACCCAAUUCUCUGGCAAAGUAUUUCCACUCCAAGAGAAGUGCUCAAUUCUUGGGAUCAUCCAAUGUUAAUGAAGAUGAAUUGAAAGGUGACCAUAAUGCAGUUUUUACGUUGGCGGCUCACGAUGAGUCAGUAGAAUACAGACAAUUUCCAAUCUUAUUGAUACCGCAAACAUUACUGUUUUCUGAAUUAAACUUGGAACCAGGUGAGACCAAAGUUUUUAGAUUCAAAUCCAGUAAAUUAUCCCGAAUGAUACCCCCUAGUUAUUACGUUUCUCCGAAUAUUUCCAUAAAUUACAGCUUAGAAGUCGGUAUGGGUAGAUUAUAUCACGGUGACAUUGAACAAGAUACUAUUAAGGUUCCAAUCAACAUUGCUCCCUUUGUGAGCAGGUCUGGAGCCCAAUAUUCUCCAGUAUUGAAUGAAAAAGUAACAAUUAUGGAACCAGGUCUAGUUAAGGAAGUUAAACAGAGGCAGCCGAGUGGUGGUAGAGUGGUAUCCAGUACAGUGCAUCAACAUGCAAGAAGGCCGUCUGCAUUUUCAUUGAUGAAUUCGGAUAGAAAUCAAGAUGUGGAAAAACUGAUACACAAUUUCGCUAAGCUGGUGGAAUCCAAUCAGGACGAGUUUGGAGAUCUAGAGGAAUUGGUUGAUUCCCAAAUGGCGAUUCAGUUUCCAGAAGAAUCUAGUGAUGAGUCGCCUACUUUAAUGAAUUCUGACGAAAAACGAGAAGAUGAGAAUGGAUAUGUGACAAAAAGGAUGUCUACCGUUUCAAGUAACGUUUCUGACCUGGCAAGGUUGACCGCUAAUCGUCCAGCGAGAAAAUUGGGUUUUAAUGAGGAAAAGGGUUUGAUACCUCAAUUAGAUAACUUACAAAACAUCUAUCAAAUCAAUUGGAAUGGUCAAUCGAUCACUAGAAUUGUUUGUUCCAAACGUUUUUACACAAUCACAGACGAUAUUGAUUUGGUACUAGAAUUAGAUCAUAAUUCACCUCCGACACACAAAGUUAGCGCUGUAACGGUGACACUAGAAUCCUGUGAGUUGAUUAAUCCUGAAUACGUGACUGAUUUAGAAAAUCUUAAGAAACCGCAAGUGAAUCGCAUUUACGAUGCACAUGCAAUAUGUUUUGAUGAUUGCGAUCGUAUACCAUUAAAGCUUAUAAUGCCUAAGACUCCAAUGUAUCAAUUAGCAAGCCAAUUCAAAACUGACGUAUUUCAAUUAAGAUGGAUGCUAGGAAUUAAGUUCGUUUUGGUCCCCAGAACUGCAAACAUUAGCUUGGAGCAAUUUUAUGAGGAUAAGAAAGGUGUAUUAUAUCAUGCGAAGGAAAUUUUGGAAGGUGAAGAGUUUUCAUGUCAUAUACCUCUCGCUAUUUUACCAUCUGCCUCUAAAUACGGCGGGUGGUAA